GCGGGGCUGGCAAAUCGGCAGGGAGUGGACGCGCGGCGUGUCACGUGACGGGAGGGAGCAGUGAUUGGCUGUCGCCUGCGCGGUGGUUGCUGGGAGUGCGGGCAUGGUGCUGGGGUAGCGUCUAGUUACCCUUCGUAGAAAGGACCUCGCAACCAUGGUGCUGGGCAGCGGCAGUCAGCAGCUGGAGAACGCCAACCCGCUCAUCUACCAGCGCAGCGGGGAGCGUCAGGUGACGGCGCAGGACGAGGAUGAGGAGCAGCACGACAGGAUCGACGACAGAGAGAUCUUCGAUCUCAUCCGUUCCAUCAACGACCCGGAGCAUCCGCUUAGCCUGGAAGAGCUGAAUGUAGUGGAGGAGAUCCGAGUGAAGGUCAAUGAUGACGAGAGCAUGGUGUCCGUAGAGUUCACUCCCACAAUCCCGCACUGUAGCAUGGCCACGCUGAUUGGACUGUCCAUCAAAGUGAAGCUGCUGCGUUCUCUGCCGCAGAGGUUUAAGGUGGAUGUCCAUAUAACCCCUGGUACACAUGCCUCGGAACAUGCAGUGAACAAACAGCUGGCUGACAAGGAACGCGUUGCGGCUGCCCUAGAGAACUCCCAUUUGCUGGAAGUGGUGAACCAGUGCCUGUCUGCAAGGUCCUAGACUCCACCUGUUUCUCCGACGCUGGCCGUGUCUGGGUCCCAAACCGUGACUGUGUACCGGAACGUGCUGCAUUAAUGUCUGUGAUACACAGUAGCCGUCGCUCCUGCUGUUAUGUGUAUAUGUCAUGUCACCUGUAACAAUGAAUGAUUUUUUUGAUUUAUAUAAUAAAAGUGCAUUUGUCCUA